GGUGGGUGAGGUCAGAUCGUGUCGCCAAAAAAAAACAGUGGGUGUUCGUAUGCUUGCUGACUAACACGGGCAAACUGGAAGAGCUUACCGAUUAACGUAAACAUCGGUUUUUGUGGUUUUGAUAUGUUUAAGAGUCAACGAUACAGUCAGUGCGACUUGUUCAGCUUCAAGUCGCGCCAACAAACUCAAGUUGAACGUUAGGGACAUGUUUUUACCAUCUGGUACAAGAUUCGUACAGCUUCGUUUCAAUCUUGACAGUGUUUAUAAUUUCGAGAAAUAAUUAUAUAUGAGGAUGGAUCGGUUGAACUGAUCAACGGAUUAUACUUCUGUCUGCAUUUAUCUCACGAGAUCGUCCAUCAAAAUACAAUGCUUGUGGUAACUGUAGCAGUGUUUUUAAUACAGACACUACUUAUCAAAGCACAGAUACCAGCAGUGAAUGUUACACCUGGUGAAUACUCGUUAGACCUCACCUGGACAGAGAGUGACGGGGAUGUCAAUUUUACAGUCGGCUAUGGACUGGCUGGAAACAUCUCCUAUAAGGAUGUUGACCGGACACUGGGGUCAGAGGUUGUCAUGAAAACCAUCACUGACCUUCAACCUGGGGUCACAUACCAGGUCAACAUACUGCGUAGUGGAACAUCCAUCUACAGUGCUAAUCAAACAACAAAGCCUCUGCCUCCCACAAGUAUAAAUGUAGAUGAGGCGGGUACUGAAAACCUAUACAUCUCCUGGACCCCUGACCCUGACAGUGUCCAGGACUCCUACCGUGUCUUUCUGACAGGAAUCACCAAUUUCUCUGAAGUGUACGAGUCAGAACUGCUCACAGAGCUGUUUCAUAACAUCACAGGCGUGUACCCGGGUCACGUCUACACGAUCACCGUCGUCUCCUCCAGUCAGGGCGUAUCCAGCAACUUCUCCACUCUCAUUGAAGAUAACACAGUGCCGCUGUCCCCUAUCAUACAAAGUGUUGUAGCGCUGGACAACAGUAGUGUAAUGAUGUCCUGGGUUACUGAGAUCCACAGCACACAGGAUCAUGAGAUGUUCACAGCCACCUACAAUACGUCCUUUGGUCAGUCAGAAGAGGUCAACUUGACUUGUAAGGUCAAGUUGUGGUCCAGCUGUGUUGCCAGUGUUCCUGGUAUCCCCGGCCAGAUGUUGCUGCUGGAAGUCUUCUCUGUCAAGGGAGUAAGGAGGAGCGAGCCAGACUCUGCCUACCACAGCACAAAGCCUGACCCCUUGAUGGACAUUGUAGAGCUGGGCAGCUCAUCGACUGAUCUGUACCUACAACUGGUACCCCCCACCGUAUCCAGUUACCAACUCUUCCUCUUCAAAGUCAUCAUCGAUGGUCUCUCAUUCUACAACUUUACAGUCCCUCCAACAGAGACCAACGUCACUCUCAAUAACCUCACUGGAGGCACAGCGUACAAUAUCUCAGCCACCGUGGCAUCCCAGUGGGAGGAGAGUACCUCUUUCUCCGAUAUAUUCUAUACAGAUCCCUACCCAUCUGGACCCAUAAAGAUCACAGAUGCAGGGAUCACUCAAAACUCCAUCAAGGUUUUGUGGGAGGCGGUUAGUAGUGGUAGUGUUAGUUACUACGAGGUCAGGAUUUCCCCCAAGGAGCCUCAGACGAUCUCCCCAGUGAUGGACUAUACUGUGGAUCAGCGCACUGCCCUAUUCGAGAAGCUGGUGGCAGGAAAGAUGUAUGUGGUUACAGUCGUGUCAGGGGCUGGACAGAAAAGGAGUAACCCUACAGAAAGAGUUGUGUGGACACGACCAUACCCUCCUGUCAAUGUAACGGCGGUCGUUAGGAGUGGUCGUGUCAUCGAUGUCACCUGGCAACGGCCUGUGGAUGGAAUGGUGGAGAACUAUUUUGUCACAGCCAAGUCCACACUUUCGGAUAGUGUGUCUCCUGUAUCAGUCACUGUGUCUACGCCAGGGCACAGCUUUACCAAACUACACCCAGGCGAGACCUACGACAUCACUGUAACCUCUCUCAGUGGCAAUGUGUCAAGUUCAGAGGUCAAAGUUCAGGCCACCACAAAUCCAACUUCUGUUGCGGAGCUGUACAUAGACUUUGUGGGUAGCUCUACUGUCAACGUUUCAUGGCCCCGCCCAGAUGGGACAGUGAUUGAUAUGUAUGAGCUCAAUAUCUCGCCAGCAGACACCACAUCACCCAUCACCUUAUUCGAGGUCCAGGGCCAACUCCACCACAGCUUUGAAGGUCUGAAUCCUGGCACGCUGUACAACAUCUCUAUACAGACCUUUGUUAACAGCAGUGGUAGUGACGAGGCUGAGGUGGCAGUAAUAACAAAACCUUUACCAGUGAAAUCUCUCAAUGUGUCUUCCCAUGCGUCGAGUAGUCUGUACGCCCAGUGGCAGGUCCCUAACACACAUCAACAGUCCUUCUUCGAGGUAGUAUACCAGACAAUUUAUCAGAUGGAGAAUGCCUCCCUGCCACUAAUACCCGAUGUUGAGGGACAGUUAGACUACAGUGAAACACUGUACAACUUGUCUGCAGGAUACAUGUACCAAGUCUCUAUACGGACCAUUAAAACCAUCGGCAACCUAUCGGCCUAUAGUACCUGGGAGUCUGCAUCUAAAACAACAAAGCCGAAGCCUGUCCUGACUCUCAUGGCUGUCCUGAUUGGUCGAGAUGUAAAACUCCUGUGGACACCGGAUCCAGAGAGCACUCAGGAUCACUACUAUGUUUUGUACAGGGGCACAAUCACAGGGGCCAACCCAAGUUGGGACCAGACACUGUCCAAUAACACAGAACUCCAGGUGACAGGGCUGUUCCCCGGGGAACGCUAUGACAUGUUAGUUAUCGCUGGCAGCUAUGGAGAAAUGAGUCCUCAUAGAAAUGUUUCUGUUCAGAUUCCUCCUCUUGCACCCACUGAUCUCCUAAUCAACACGUCCUUGACAACAGAGAGUACCCUGUCACUGUCAUGGUCGUAUAACAGAAGUGCCACAUUCAUUGAGGAGUACAAACUUGACUACCAGAGCUACCGGUCCAGUUUUGUUCAAACAAUGACCAUCCCUCAUCCCAAUGACACAGUAGAAGACCUUAACCUUGUCCUUGGAAAUUUGACCUCUGGCGAAACUUACAAGAUCACAUUGAAAAGUAGUACCAAUGAUGCCUACUCAGAAGAAAUUCUCAGAAAUGCUACUGUCCAACCUGAAUGCCUGACCAUACUGUCAGAAGAAGCAAAUGCUACCGACACUAUUUCUGUCCAGUACACAGAUACAUCCAAUUAUUUUGACCAUUACCUGUUCUACUUGACCAAUGAAAGUGGGCAGUCAGCAAUACAGAAAGACAGGGUGGAUACGGACAGGAAAGUGGCGUUUACUAGUCUGUCAGGGGGGACAGUGUAUAGUGUGAAGGUGGUCAGUGUGGCCGAAGAUCAGAUCAGUGACCCACAAUACAUCUAUUUACAGACAGUGCCAAAUCAGCCCCAUGUAACCCAGACCGCCACAUCGUCAGAAAUAACACUUACCAUCCACAAGCCUGAGGGUCACGUGGACAGUUUCAUGGUGGUGUGUUUCCGUGACAAAGAUCCCUGCGGAAUUCACAGUCUGGCAGUGACAAGAGAUAGCCAUUCAGUCACAUUUGAUAAUUUGUUGCCCUUCACGAUGUAUAACUUUCAAGUGGUAGCCAUCGCAGGAAUCAAGCAGAAUUCUGUGUUCCCUAGGAUCACUACCAAUCAGGCUGCUCCCUCUUAUGUCCGAGACUUGAAAGCAGUGGAGUCGUCCCCCCUGACGGUCAAUCUGACAUGGCGACCACCCUUGGUACCUAAUGGUAUUAUAACAGCCUAUUUGGUUGCCUACACCAACCAGCAGGAUGGGAUUGGUGGCAGCCGAAACCUGACCCUGGCAGGUAGUCUACAGUACCAGAGUGUUUACUACAUGAAUUUCACUGACCUCCUCGCUGGUCACACCUACUCCUUCAUGGUUUAUGCUAAGACCGUGACUUUAGGAACCCCUGCUGUGUACAACAUCACACUAAGGACGUAUCCUCCUCCAAUCAUAGAUGCUGCCACCUCUACACCCAAAGGUGUUACUGACAAAGGUAUCGCCACGGUUACACCAACAACAGUUAUUGUUCAUUUCACAAAUCCAUUCUCUUCAAAAUAUGGGGACAUCAUCAACUACACAGUGAUUGUUGCCACGGAUACCACGGAGCAAUACACCAAUGCUCAUGCCACACUCCCAGAUUGGAAGGCUGCUCAAGUUGACCCUAGUAUAAAGGCAUACCAGGCCAUUGCUAAUUGUUCCACCUUCUUUGAGGAGAGUUCCACAUGUAAUGGAGUGUUCCGCUUGCACAAGAGGAGCGUCACACUGGAUUAUAAAGUGUUUGAAAUUGGUACUGAGUCAAAUUGUUACUCAAAGUCCUAUUGUAAUGGGCCACUGCAACAACAGACUAAGUAUUACGUCAAGCUAAGAGGAUACACGGAGGGAGGGUAUACAGACACAAACUACUCCAAACCAUUCUUAACCAGUAUGGUGGUGGAGGAGGAUAACAUAGGAGGGAUCAUUGGAGGGGUGGUGGCUGCGAUACUUGUGAUCAUCAUCUUUAUCGUCGUCUUCAUUGUCUUCCGACGUAUGCGGGAUCGUCGUAGUAACAUGUACAAGGAGCGUCACUCGCAAAGGCUCAGCAUGACUCCACGGUCAUCUCUUCGCAAAAACAGAAAGAGUCACCCUGUCAGCAUGGCUAAUUUCAGUGAUCACAUCAUAUCCAUGUCAGCAGACUCCGAUUUUAAGUAUGCAGAACAGUUUGAGGACUUGAAAGAGAUCGGCCGUGACCAGCCAUGCACAGCAGCAGAACUACCAGAAAACAGGGGAAAGAACCGAUUUACAAACAUCUUGCCAUACGACCACUCACGGGUGAAGCUUCUACCCACAGAUGAUGAGGAAGGCUCAGAUUACAUCAACGCCAAUUACAUGCCGGGCUUCAACUCCCGUCGUGAAUAUAUUGUGACUCAGGGGGCACUACCAUCUACUCGGGACGACUUUUGGAGGAUGAUUUGGGAACAGAACUCACGUAAUAUUGUUAUGCUGACUAAGUGUGUGGAGAAAGGCAGGGAAAAGUGUGACCACUACUGGCCACACGGCACUGACGCCAUGUUUUACGGGGACCUCCAGGUGGCUGCGCUAAAUGAGACAAAAUUUCCGUCAUGGACCAUCACAGAAUUUCGGCUCUCACUGGGAGAUGUUUCCCGACAGAUUCGGCAUUUCCAUUUUCUAGCUUGGCCUGACUUUGGUGUCCCAGACAAACCUCAGACAUUGAUUCGGUUUGUGAAGACAGUGAGAGAAAAGUUGAACAGGGAAUGUGGUCCUAUUGUAGUCCAUUGUAGUGCUGGUGUUGGGAGAUCUGGGACUUACAUAGCAUUGGACAGAAUGCUACAAAAUAUUGGCGAACAUGGUGAGGUGGAUAUCUUCCAAACAGUAGCGGAAAUGAGGCGAGAACGUGUUUGGAUGGUUCAGACAGAGCAACAGUACAUCUGUAUUCACCAGUGUGUACUGUGUGUCGUAGAGGGGCGGGAGGAUGAACACCACGUCUACGAAAACGCAGCAUUCUCAAACGCAGGUUAUGAAGUCUCCACUGCAUAAUGGAAAGGAUUUCCAAUUAUUGUGAUGAUGAAGGCAUCAAUGUGGAAGUGCCAUGAAUCGGGAAUCUACACUCAAGCAAUGCUGAUUUUAGAGUUAAUUAUGAGGACAAGAAAAGGAAUGAUAGAGGGUGGAUCCCCUAAUACCCACACAAUGUGGAACUGGAGAAGGAAAACCUACAGCAAGAAAUGUAGAACCAAACUGACCACACAGUGCCUUUAUAGGAAAGAUUGUAAUUAUGUGUCUUUCAAGGCAUUACAUUUGUCUUAAUGCCAAAUAUUUUAGUCCAUUGGAAUUUAGUCAGUACAGGGAUUGUGCAAAGUUCUCAACUAGUGAGAGUUGAUUUAGGGGUAUGUAGAUUACACUGCUAUUAACUGGGCAUUAACUGUCAAAGUGUUCUCGUCUCAUUUCACAAUCUAGUGACCUCUUUAUUGACCAUCUAUACAUACAUGUCUUUCAUCCCACCUGUGAAAAUUAAAGGGAGGUAAUUCCCGUACUAGUGCCUAAUAUUUAUAUGCAUUGUGCCUUGUUUACCAGGUGAUUGUGACCAUGCAGUGGCAGACAUUUCAAUACUUAUCAUUUCUGUUUUACUUUAAAUCAGAGAAUGCUGAUUAAGAAUCCUGAAGUUUCCCUAACGAUACUUACCUGGAGACAAAACACACUUACCUACCUAGAGACAUACAUACUUUUCUACCUGGAAACAAUAUCUCAUGAAAAAGCAAUCAUUUAUUUAGUGCAUACAUUAACAAAGUGUCAAAUCAUGAAUGGACAAUUUCAAAACCUCCAACACAUCACAAGAAACCAUCUUCCAAAAUAUAGUGUUCGAGUCACGGCACAGCACUGUGUUGUAUCUUUGAGCAAGAUACUUUACUCCGCUUAUUCCAGUCUACUCAGGUGUAAAUCAUGAGUAAGCGGUUGGGCAGUACUAGAAUUGUAGAAUGCUAGCUGUGAGUGGUGAAAUGGCAGCACUGGCUUGUUUCUAUCAGAGGAAGGUACAGCUGACGUAGUCACAUUGUGUGGUAGGGCUUGUUUCUAUCAGAGGAAGGUACAGCUGACGUAGUCCCAUUGUGUGGUAGGGCUUGUUUCUAUCAGAGAGAGGUACAGCUGACACUGUGUUACAUUGUGUGGUGGGGCUUGUUUCUAUCAGAGGAAGGUACAGCUGACGUAGGCACAUUGUGUGGUAGGGCUUGUUUCUAUCAGAGGGAGGGACAGCUGACAUUGUCACAUUGUGUGGUAGGGCUUGUUGCUAUCAGAGGAAGGUACAGCUGGCACUGUCACAUUGCGUGGUAGGGCUUGUUUCUAUCAGAGGAAGGUACAGCUGACGUAGUCCCAUUGUGUGGUAGGGCUUGUUUCUAUCAGAGGGAGGUACAGCUGACACUGUGUCACAUUGUGCGGUAGGGCUUGCUUCUAUCAAAGAAAGGUACAGCUGACACUGUGUCAUAUUGUAUGGUAGGGUUUUGUCUCUCUGUUGUAUGUGGUGCUAGCAUUGAUUAUAAAGCUUAAUAUACCUUGUUGAAUGACCAUCAUAAUGUCAUCUUUUAAAAGAGAAUUUCUUUUAAACAAUGAUAGAUUUGUUAUAUUAUACAUUCCAAAAUCAUUUUUUCUCUUGCACAAAGGACUUGUAUUAUUUAAUGCUACAAACAUAUUAAACAUUUUAUAGAUCAGGUUUUUUUGUGAGUACAUUAUUAGUCCACGUUCUAGGAACAUGAUCUGCCGGAGACUUUGGUCAGUGUGGGUAUUGACUUAGUAUAUUGAUUGUACUUGACGUGUUGUUGAGUUCAGAGUAUGUUAAAUACACUCUAGUACUGCCAGACAAUUUAAUCGCCCAUUAAUUUUAACCACCUGUCAGAUUUGUUAUAUGUAUAUAUAUUGUACCACAUAAAACUAAAUGAGAGAGAUUAAGUGUUUAUUUUUAAUGUUUAAUGUUUAAAGUAAUUUUUUUUUUUUCAUGCUUGCAGUUCAUAGAUAUAAUUUUCUCCCACACCUGACAGAUUUAUCUCCCGUUUUGCCGGUGCUAGAUUUAUCUGUCUCCGCCCUAGGGUUGA